GGCCAACUUUGGAAGACUUGAGAUAUCCAAGUCUUUCUAGUGGUAGCUUUAAAGCCCAAAAUAUACACCAGUGAUGUGUAUAGAGAGCAUCAUCACUCACAAAUCACAAUGCUAAUUUAUUUGCUUCUUCAUCUUCUCACCAUCUCUUUAAUUUCAUCUGCAAAUUUGACUGAUGCAUACAAGCAAUGCCUCCAUCACCAGAAAACACUGUUACUUGAGCUGAAGAGCAACUUAACGUUCGAUUCUUCCAUUUCAAGAAAACUAGUGCAAUGGAAUCAAACCAAUGAUUGCUGCGAGUGGGAAGGUGUGGAAUGCGACGCUGCAGGCCGUGUUAUAAAUUUGCAGCUCGACUACGAGUCUCUUUCAGGUACCAUUGAGAAACUAUCUACCCUUUCAAGGCUUAUGUACCUAGAGAGGCUAAACUUAGCAUACAAUUCACUCAAUGGGAGCAUCCCACUCUCUCUCUUUGGCCUUCCCUUGUUGCAGCAACUUAAACUUUCUAACAACAAUUUCAGUGGCCAUGUUGAUGAGUUUCCCUCUCUUACUCUCUCUCACUUGGAAGAGCUAGAUUUGAGCAGCAACCAUCUUCAAGGCCCUAUUCCUAACUCUUUCUUCAAACUCCAAAGCCUUCAACUUCUCUCACUUGCUAACAACCUCUUCAAUGGCACUUUUCAACUCAACAAGAUCAGAAAGCUUCCCAAUCUCACAACUCUUGAUCUGUCUCACAAUAACUUGUCUGUUGAUGCAAGCAGCAUCAGCUCAAGUUUUCCACAGCUUUACCAAUUGAGCCUUGUUUCUUGCAAUCUUUCCAGUUUCCCUAAUCUGAGAAACCAAUCCAAUUUGAGAUUCUUGGACCUCUCAAACAACAGAAUUGGAGGGGAAAUUCCAAACUGGAUUUGGGAAAUUGGUGGUGGAGAAUUUUGGCAACUCAAUGUCUCCAAUAAUCAAUUGGUGGAUCUACAGAGGCCUUACAGAAUUCCUGAUUCUCUUCAAGUUCUAGACUUGCACUCGAAUCAGCUCAGUGGCGAGCUUCCCCUGCCUCACGAACGAGCUUUGUACGUAGACUACUCAAACAACAAGUUCAACGAGCCCAUUCCCUUCAACAUUGGAAACUACCUCUCAAAUCUCAUUUUCUUCUCUGUUUCAAACAAUCAUUUGAGUGGAUCAAUUCCAACCUCCCUCUGCUAUGCUACAUACCUUCAAGUUCUCGACUUGUCUUUCAAUAACUUGAGCGAUACCAUACCUCCGUGCCUCUUUGAAAACACUCAGAAUCUCGGGUUCAAUCUGAGGAGCAACAACAUCAGUGGUCACAUCCCAGAUAAAUUCUCCGAAAAUUGUGGCCUAGAAACUUUGGAUCUCAAUGGCAACAAUUUAGGAGGGAAACUCCCAGGAUCUGUGGAGAAUUGCAGCUCGUUAACCGUGUUGAAUGUCGGAUACAACAACAUCGAUGACAGUUUCCCGUGCACGCUACCCUCUAGCUUGCGCGUGCUUGUCUUGUGCUCCAACAGAUUCCACGGAGAGAUCAGCUGCGACAAAGACUGGCCUGAUCUUCAGAUCAUCGACAUAUCUUCCAACAGCUUCACCGGCUCUCUCUACGAAGUGGGAUUCUCGAGGUGGAGGUCGAUGAUGCUAGACAGUGACGGGCAGUCGAGGCACGAGCAACUCCACUUCGACUUCCUGAAUCUGAAAAACCUCUACUACCAAGAUGAGGUGACAUUAACCAUCAAAGGAUCACAGCUGAAGCUUGUCAAGAUUUGGUCAGAGUUCACAUCUCUUGAUUUCUCUUGCAAUGAAUUCCGAGGAGGGAUACCGGAUGCAAUAGGUGAUCUGAGCUCGCUUUAUCUUCUCAACUUAUCCCACAACGCCCUCACGGGAGGAAUCCCAAGAUCGUUGGGUAAGAUGGCGCCGACGCUUGAAGCACUGGAUCUCUCAGUAAACCAGCUGAGUGAGAUGAUUCCGGUGGAGAUUGGACAGUUCGGAUUCCUUCAGGUUUUGAAUCUGUCCCACAAUAAGCUGGUCGGAAGGAUCCCACGGAGUCAUCAACUCGACACGUUUGAUUAUCUUUCAUACGUUGGAAACGCGGGACUAUGCGGUUUUCCUCUCGGCAUAAGCUGCAGUGACGAUGAUUCGCCGAAAGUUGAGAAGAUGGAGCCACAUGGGAAGUCGGAGAAGGAGAUGAAUUAUAUAUGCGCUGAGGUUGGAUAUGCUGUGGGAUUAGGAAGCACAGUGUGGCUGCUUCUGCUUUGCCCAAGUUUGAGAGAGAGGUUUUUUGGGAAAGUAGAUGAGGUUCUUGCAAAUAUAUGUGAGCGCCAACGCAGGAAAAGAAGCCAUAGAAGAAGAAGAAGAGCAGCGAUGAGUGCUAGGAGACAAUAGUGCUCAUAAUGCUAUUUGGAUUUUGUAACAGACUAUAUAGCAUGUUUUUGGAUAUUGUGUUUAUUCUCAUUUGCAAAUUAGAGUUUAUAAAUUACUUUU